UUCACUCCUACCUCGGCUCCGGCUCCGGGAUGAUCGGCCAGAAGACCUUGUACUCCUUCUUCUCCCCGACCCCCACCGGGAAACGACGUGUCUGCAGUCCCGAGCCGGCACACCCACGGGCCGGCGUGGCCGCCGUAGCUGAGGAGAACAGCGAUGUGACGGCCAGCGUCGCCAAGAAGGCCCGGGCCGGAGAGGAUGAGCCCGGCACGCCGCCCUCCUCGCCGCUGAGCCCAGAGCAACUGGACCGCAUCCAGAAAAACAAGGCCGCGGCGCUGCUCAGACUCGCGGCCCGCAACGUGCCGGUGGGCUUUGGGGACAGCUGGAAGAAGCACCUCAGCGGAGAGUUCGGGAAACCGUAUUUUAUAAAGCUAAUGGGAUUUGUUGCAGAAGAAAGAAAACGUUACACUGUUUAUCCACCCCCACACCAAGUAUUCACCUGGACCCAGAUGUGUGACAUACAAGAUGUGAAGGUUGUCAUCCUGGGACAGGAUCCUUAUCAUGGACCCAGUCAAGCUCAUGGACUCUGCUUCAGCGUCCAAAGACCUGUUCCACCCCCGCCCAGUUUGGAAAACAUCUACAAAGAGCUGUCGACAGACAUAGAUGGUUUUCUUCAUCCUGGCCAUGGAGAUUUAUCUGGGUGGGCCAAACAAGGUGUCCUCCUGCUCAAUGCCGUCCUCACUGUCCGGGCCCAUCAAGCCAAUUCACAUAAGGAGCAAGGCUGGGAGCAGUUCACCGAUGCUGUUGUGGCCUGGCUCAAUCAGAACUUGAAUGGCCUUGUCUUCUUGCUCUGGGGCUCUUACGCUCAGAAGAAGGGAAGUGUCAUUGAUAGGAAGCGGCACCAUGUCCUGCAGACUGCUCACCCCUCCCCAUUGUCGGUGUAUAGAGGAUUCUUUGGCUGUCAACAUUUUUCUAAAGCCAAUGAGCUGCUGCGGAAGUCUGGCAAGAAGCCCAUUGACUGGAGUGAGCUGUGACCCCACACACACAGCAGUGGUUGAAUCCUGUGAUUUUUGAGGCACUGCUGUUGAAGAUGUGUCAGUUGUAAAGUCACUGAAAAUUUCUGUACUAUAGAGAACCCUGUUUAAUAACAAGAGAAACAUAAAGCAACCAACAACCAGGCUGUCCUGGAUGGCAGGUUUAUCCAGCCAGAAGUAGGUAGCAGAGAUAACAUUUGACUGCUUCUGUGUGUUUGUCUUCCAAUCAAGGCAGAGGUGGCUUGGUGAGAAACAUGCACAUCUCUCACAAGACAGCUGAGGUCAAAUAUUCCCUUGGUUCUCUUCACCUCCUUUAGCCUUACGAUUAAAAGGGGAGAUGAGCACCUUUUUGAUACCUCCUCCCAUAGUUGGGUGCUUGCUGCUAGUUUAGACUUCAUAGGUUACAAAGUAUUCUGUGUUUUUGCUUAGAACUUCUCCCCUCCAUCUUUCAAAGAGUUCCAGAUCCCUCUGGGGAGAAACCUUGAGGAUUUUUGCAAGCUUCUAGAAAUCCUGCCUUGAAAUUGGGAGUCAGUUUUCUGAUGGUAGUAGAGGUCAGUAUUCCUGAGAGUGGUCUUGGUAUGAGCCUUCCCAGACCAGUAGGUGAGAAACCACAAGCUGCCAGGUCUUUAUCCUGUGUUUUGGGUGCUUCCUUGAGUAGUGGGUGGUGGGAGUUGAACAAAGGCAGCUAAGGGGGUUUUGUUUUUAAUGAGGGAUGAGUGUUUUCCUCCUGGUGCUGAUGGGAGUUGAGGUGGGGUAAGGCACACAGGCUGCACAAUGGACUGAGGUUACGUGGAGAUUUUUUUUUUUUUUUUUUUUUGCAACACAUAAAUGUAACUUUUUUAUAAAAUACAUAUAUUUUUAUAAUUCUUUAAGAGACCAUUUUUACUGGGUCUGCACCCCCAAGCUGGAUGUGAUGGAGAUUGUUUUUGUUGUCAGCUGGGUUAAAAGGUUAACCCUGCGCACAUUUGUUAAUAAAAGAUUGUUGCAGUUUCA